UGGUGCGCGAGGGAGCCGCGAGCAGGGGGUGGGGCUGGGUUUAGUAGGAGGCCUGGAGGCCGGGGCCGCCUCCCGACGCCCAUCAGCGGGCUUCUCGCGCUCUGUUGAUUCGGGGGAGCGGCGGCGACCUCGGCCUCCAGCGUCUCUGGCGAACUGAAGCGGCGGCCACGAUGGUGCUACUGGGCUUACUGCAGACGAGCGGGUCGGUGCUGGUGCAGGCGAUGGAGCAGGUGACGGGCGGCAGCCUCCUAUCCAUGCUGCUGAUCGCCUGCGCCUUCACGCUCAGCCUGGUCUACCUGUUCCGCCUCGCCGUCGGCCACCUGGCCCCCAUGCCCGCCGAGGCGAAAAGUCCACCAUACAUUUCCUCUCCAGUUCCAUUCCUUGGACAUGCCAUAGCAUUUGGGAAAAGUCCAAUUGAAUUCCUAGAAAAUGCAUAUGAGAAGUAUGGACCUGUAUUUAGUUUUACCAUGGUGGGCAAGACGUUUACUUACCUUCUGGGAAGUGAUGCUGCCGCACUGCUUUUUAAUAGUAAAAAUGAAGACCUGAAUGCAGAAGAUGUCUACAGUCGUCUGACAACACCUGUGUUUGGGAAGGGAGUUGCAUAUGAUGUACCUAAUCCAGUUUUCUUGGAGCAGAAGAAAAUGUUAAAAAGCGGACUUAACAUUGCCCACUUUAGACAGCACGUUUCUAUAAUUGAAAAGGAAACAAAGGAGUACUUUCAAAGUUGGGGAGAAAGUGGAGAAAAAAAUUUGUUUGAAGCUCUUUCUGAGCUCAUAAUUUUAACAGCUAGCCAUUGUUUACAUGGAAAGGAAAUCAGAAGUCAACUCAAUGAGAAGGUGGCACAGCUGUAUGCAGAUUUGGAUGGAGGUUUUAGCCAUGUGGCCUGGCUAUUGCCAGGUUGGCUCCCUUUGCCUAGUUUCAGACGCAGGGACAGAGCUCAUCGAGAAAUCAAGAAUAUUUUCUAUAAGGCAAUCCAGAAACGCAGACAGUCAGAAGAAAAAAUUGAUGACAUUCUUCAAACUUUGCUAGAGUCUACUUAUAAGGAUGGGCGUCCUUUGACAGAUGAAGAAGUAGCCGGCAUGCUUAUUGGCCUGCUCUUGGCAGGGCAGCAUACGUCCUCAACUACUAGUGCCUGGAUGGGCUUCUUUUUGGCCAGAGACAAAACACUUCAAGAAAAAUGUUAUUUAGAACAGAAAACAGUCUGCGGAGAGGAUCUGCCUCCUUUAACUUAUGAUCAGCUCAAAGAUCUAAAUUUACUUGAUCGCUGUAUAAAAGAAACAUUAAGACUUCGACCUCCUAUAAUGACCAUGAUGAGAAUGGCCAAAACACCUCAGACUGUGGCUGGGUAUACCAUUCCUCCAGGACAUCAGGUGUGUGUUUCUCCCACUGUCAAUCAAAGACUUAAAGACUCAUGGAUAGAACGUCUGGACUUUAAUCCUGAUCGCUACUUACAGGACAAUCCAGCAUCAGGAGAGAAGUUUGCCUAUGUGCCAUUUGGAGCUGGGCGUCAUCGUUGUAUUGGGGAGAAUUUUGCCUAUGUUCAAAUCAAGACAAUUUGGUCCACUAUGCUUCGUUUAUAUGAAUUUGAUCUUAUUGAUGGAUAUUUUCCCACUGUGAAUUAUACAACCAUGAUUCACACCCCUGAAAACCCAGUUAUUCGAUACAAAGUAAGAUCAAAAUGAAAAAAGCUGCAAGGAACUAAUAUGUGAAACAUUACUGUAAACUGCAAAAGCAUUUGGAAAGAAUGAAGUUAACGAAACAGUUCCUUCCCAGUGUACUCUUUUUUUGAGUGUGUAAUUUUAAGACAGCCAGCUUAACUUAUGGUUUUUAUAUUUUCUUAACUGAAUGGUUCCAUCAAAUCUAACAGCAUUUCAGACAUUUCCUAAUAGUUUUAUGUUGGCUAUUUACUCUAUAUGCUUUAUAUAAGGAAAUCAAGGCAAUUAGUAAAAAAUUACUUCGGGGGAUCUUGGUAAUUAGCAGAUUCUAAAUAACACAAUUUCUAGGUAUUAAAUUUAAGGGCAUACAUAGCUCUUGGUAAGUAAGUUCAGGGUAUUCAAAUCUUCGACUAGAUCUGCAAGUGUAAAACCCCAUAAGAUAAGCUACUCGGAAGCCUUAGGUUAUUUAUUGGGUAAUGUUUGUGUGUGUGAGUAAGGAUGGGUGGGUAGGGAAUAAACUCACAUUUAAAGCCUUGGAUAAAAGAAUCCUAUUAACUGUUUUGGUAUGAUGAUACAUAGCAAUGAUGGAGCUUUGUUGUAGAAAAAUAUGUCCUUUGAAAUUUUAAUUGGAAGCACUAUCUAUAGAAAAUUGAGAGAGAUCUAUGCCAAUGACAAUUAUAGUUCCUAAAAUAUAGUGUAAUUAUUAACACUAAAGAUUGCUCAUGUAAUGAUCUAAUUACUAAAUAUUAUAUAUUUAUCUACUGAUAAAUGUGUGUAUGUGGUUCCACAUGGUCACAUCUGUAUGAAAGUCUAAAAUAAAGUCCUUAAGGGAUAAUAUUUGUUCUCUUUGGCUCCAGGUGGGUUCCCUGCCUCCUCUCCAGAAUCUAAUUAGGGAUGUUUCUGUUACUAGUUCUGUUUUAUUAAAACUUUAGGUUAACAAGCUUUUU